AUGCCUACCGUUACCUCACUCAACAGUCAUGCCAGUCUGCUUCGAAGCAUGUACAGAAAUAUCCUACGCUCUUUAGCGAACAUCCGGUCUUUGGUUCCUGUGAUAGAUCCUAAGGCAGCAGAUGGUGCACCUCCAUCAGAAGUGGCUAAAGCGCUUCGGAAUCCAGAGCUAUAUGGCACAUUGUUGCGUUCUGAGCUUCGUUACUACGUCGAUGAGGAAUUCAGGACCAAGUACAGUAAAUUCAAUGCUAAAAGCGUCUUUUUGAAAUUGCAAGUGGGUGCUCUGCUCAUCGCUACCUUGAAGCAAGUUCAUGCGCAGCCAUUGGAUCCACUGUCUUGGAAUAAGUUGAUAAACAUCCUCACCAAGCAUAGGCAAUCACAACACCAGAAAGAAUUCUGGAAGGCCGACUAUGCAAAACAUAAGACAGAGAUUGAUAAUCAAAGAGAACGUGAAGUUGACCAUCUCACGUUGAAGCGGAUUCAAUCAUACUUGAGCAGACCCAAAAAUGAAUCUGACCCCAAGUAUUCAGAUCUCAGUCCGAGUAAGCAAUAUAAGGAAUUGAAGGCUAUGGUUUCCGAAAGUAAAGCCAAUGCCAACUUUGUUGUUCGAAAUUACUUGAAAUACCUUCAAUUAAAUGGCCGCAUACCUAUUCCUUACAAAUUGCCGUACGUAUCAGAUACCCUCACAAAAUAUUCUACGCAUAUACCAAAGCCACUGGAGCUUCUUCCUAAUUCUACCAAGAGCUUUGUUUUAGAUGAGGCAUAUGACAUGGAAUACAUUGCUUCUAUCAUCAAACCGGAGAUAGAAUUCCUUAUCAACAUGAACCACUUCAUGCUACCUUGGGAGAAUCGCAUCGUUAAUGAAGGACCUUAUAAGGUCAAGAUCAGAAACACUACUGCUGGUGUGAUGACAGCUAAUUUUCUCCGUGCUCCAAAUUAUAAGCCACCAGAAAUGAAGGAACUUGCUCUAGAUAUAAAGAAGCUGAUGAGGCUUAUAAGAAAGCAGUUUAUAUGGAAUCUAGAUCUGGAUCCCGCUGCUGCUGCCAGUGAAAGAUCAUAUGGAGAAGGGUAUGGUGUGCGAGGUUCUCGUGGUUUCUCUGCUGAGGAAAUAAUGUACCCUCGCAAGUAUUACGAAAGAUUAGUGGACGAGGAAGCAAGAUGGGAAGCUCAAAUGAAUAUCGAGAAGAUGAGAUCGAUGCAUGACGAAGUCCAGCUCACAUCAGGAGAGUUGCAAAAGCUAUUAAUGAAUGAAGAUAAGCUGAAUUUUGAUUCUUGGAGAAAACCUCUUGAUGAGAGCACCCAAAGAAUUAAUUCGGAUAUUCAAGCCUUAUAUGAUAAAUAUAAAGUCACCAAGGAUAGUCCAAUUUGGGCUAAACAAGAACGCCUUCAAGAUAAAAUGAAUGGUUUAUUUGCCCGGAGUGCGAAGAGGUAUUGUGCUCUCCUCGAUAAGCUAGAAGAGAAGCGUUUCUUUCUCCAUUCCGAUUUAUUCAUGAACGACACAGUGUCAGAUAAUUACGAGGCUAUGAAAAAGCGAGAUGACGUUAAAGAAAAGUCAAGGCGGAAUGGUUUGUCAGAGGUUGAACGAGCAGGGUUAGGAAAGUCUUUAGGUGACUAUCUCACGGAGUUCAAAAGUGGCAGUUUCAAGAUGGGAUACAACUUCGCCAAAAGAUUUAAGUUUUAG